AAGGCAAGCCUAAUAUUUCUUUGAAUUGCUUUUGCGUCGGUACUCGUCUAUUUGUUAACCGAGUAAUCAGCACUUGAACAACACAAAUCCAGCAAUCAAAACAGUAUGCAAACGGUGGAACCGGCGACGGUGUAAACAGGUGGUGACCGGUCGGUCAGUCAGUGCUGAGGUGUUCAACAGUGAUCUAGCGGAUUGGCUCCUCGCUUGGUAGGAAAUCAGUAAAUAGUAAGCAAACCAUCUCCAUAAAAAUGGAUGAUCGCGGCAAAAACAUAAGACGACGGGUUAACAUGCCUAAUGCCGACCAAAGUACAACCGAUCCAUUACUACGGCAAACACAAACACAAGAUGAGAAUGUGGGAUUGAAAAGUCUCUUUGUUACCCGCAACAGAAUCAGGUGGUACUGGGCUCCAGUAUUCAUUGGCUUGUGGCUGAUACUGUAUUUCACGGUUGCUAUACCUGCAUUCCAUCGUUUACCCCAUCCAUUGAACAUUAAAGAUGAGGCCAAAUAUCCCGACCGUUUCAUUGCUGAAAGAGCGGAAAUAAAUCUGCAGAAAUUAGUUGAGCUAGGACCGCGAGUAGUUGGUAGCGAAGCCAAUGAAAAAGGAGCCAUAACCUAUUUCCAUGCGUAUGUACAAAAGCUUAAGAGCGAAGCUAAAUAUAUCUACGAAAUCGAAGCAGAUGUGCAAAUCGCUUCCGGAAGUUACGUACACUGGGAAAUGGUUAACAUGUAUCAAAAUAUACAGAACUUUGUGAUCAAAGUGGGACCCAAAAACUACAAUGGAACAUCGUACUUGUUGGUAAAUUGCCAUUACGACUCCGUACCCAGUGGACCAGGAGCAGGGGAUGAUGGCGCAAUGGUGGCUAUUAUGUUAGAAACUAUACGUGUAUUGUCAAAAGCGGAGAAGCCUUUAAGAAAUCCAGUUGUAUUCCUGUUUAACGGUGCCGAAGAAAAUCCUUUGCAAGCCUCACACGCUUUUAUUACGCAGCACAAAUGGGCAAAAUAUUGCAAGGCUUUAAUAAACUUGGACUCCGCUGGCAAUGGUGGUCGCGAAAUUCUCUUCCAAUCUGGGCCAAAUCAUCCUUGGUUAAUGAAGCAUUACAGAAAUGCAAUUGUCCAUCCUUAUGCUUCCACGGUAGCUGAAGAGAUGUUCCAAAGGCACUUCAUUCCAUCCGAUACAGAUUUCCGUAUUUUCAGAGACCAUGGAAAGGUGCCUGGUCUCGAUAUGGCACAUCAAUAUAACGGCUAUGUGUAUCAUACACGUUAUGAUCGGCCAGAAAUCUUACCAAGAGGUAGCUUGCAGAACACUGGUGAUAAUGUUUUGGCCUUGGUAAGAGAAAUAGCUAAUGCUCACGAAUUAGAAGAUACAUCGAAAUACUCCGAGGGGCAUACAGUUUUCUUUGAUGUAAUGGGCUCAUUUUUAGUAUUUUACACUGAAACCGAAGGCAUUAUUUUGAACGUUGUUGUUUGUUUGGCCGCCAUUGCUGCAUGUGGUUAUUCAUUCUUCCAAAUGUCAAAUUGUACCGGCCUGAAACUGCGCCAUGUCCUGAGGCGAUCUUUGAAUACGUUCUUAGUGCAAGUGGUUGCUGUUUUAAUCGCUGCUUUAUUAGUCUUCCUAAUGGGCAUAUUUAUGGACCUGAUUCACCUACCAAUGUCAUGGUUUACACACUCGUGGUUGAUAUUGGGUUUAUAUUUUUGCCCGCUCUUCUUCGGUUUUGCGAUUAUUCCAGCUCUGUACUUUCACUAUACGAAGGAUGAUCGUUUUCCAAUGGGAUAUCGCGUGCAGCUGCUGUUACAUUGUCAUUGUCUGUUUCUAUCAGCACUAACGUUGCUUAUGACUAUUUGUAAAAUUCGUUCAGCCUUUAUGUUUACCAUAGCUAUUUUGUUCUACACAAAUUCAUUGAUAAUUAAUCUGGCGACAAAACUUCAUAAUAAACCUAUGGCUUGGAUGAUACCUCAUAUUAUCUGUGGCAUCCCGCCGUUUAUAUUUUAUGCAUAUUUGUCGCACGGAUUCUUUGUUACAUUUAUACCGAUGACUGGACGGUUUGGCGCUUCCGUAAAUCCCGAUUUAAUUAUUUGCGCCUUUACGGUUGGCGUGGGCAUACUUACUGGUGGCUUCAUGAUUCCUUGUCUAAAUUUAUUCAGGAAAUCGAGGACUAUCAUUUGCUCGCUGCUCGGAUUAACUUUGGUUUGUUUGAUUAUAGCCGCUACUCCACUCGGUUUCCCAUACAGACCAGAAACAAAUGUUCAACGGUUCUCCAUUUUGCACACACGACGUACUUUCCGUGAUAUGCACAAUGAAGUGCGCCGAGUCGAAACGGGUUAUUAUAUUUUACCUCAGGACAGGAGGACAUAUUCAGUUAAAAAUAAUGUGAUAAAUAUGACGUUGGCAAGACCAAUAAUGGACGAUUGUGAAACAGAAAUGUUAUGUGGGCUGCCCCUGUAUAAUCACAGGUGGCAUAAAUCAAGAGCGUCUAGUAUUUGGAUACCUGGACCGGAGCCCACGUUCGACAAUAUGCCUGUCAUAAAUGUUACUUCCAAAAAUCAAAUAAGUAAGACAAAAUUACGGUAUGAUUUUGAAUUGACUGGUCCCGACCAUAUGGGCAUUUUUAUAAGACCUCUUAAUGAAGGUAGGGUAAUUGAAUGGUCUUUCCAUUGGACACCAUUGCGUAUGGAGUGGGAACCGCCUUAUUUUAUUUAUUUCUCAUAUGGAAUAAACGGGGAUCCUCUAAAGUUUUGGUUGGAAAUCGAGAAAAAAGGUGGUGAUUGGAGUAAACCAAAUCUAGAAAUAGGCAUUGGCGGACAUUGGAAUCACCAUGAAGAUAAACAAACGCCCGAAUUCAAAAAGUUCCUUGCUAGCUUCCCCAAUUAUGUCGAUCCAAUUGCCUGGCCGGCUUCAUACGACACUUGGAUAUUCUAGACUCCAUUAGAUGAAUUAAUUAUCAUAGACCUUUAAGUUUAUGGUGUCUAAUAAAAAAUGUUCUAUUAAGACCCUAUGAAA